ACAAACACUUUUCGGACCGCAGCUCAGCUGAUCGUGACGCACCGCAUUCGCGGCACAGGGCGAAGUACAGACGCAUACAGAAGCUGGGUGUCGGUUUGACGCUGAAGCAGUAAUGAAAACCAGUGUGCCGACGGUAAAUGGCUGAUUCGGACGUAAUUCCGUACCCACGCGUACAGUUCCUGUGAUCCGCGUCUUGGGAGUCUGGACGGACUAGAGCUUCAGCGAAAUAUCCCAGCCCUGUUUACAGAAGCACGGCUCCUCCUGGCUGGAUACACUUCUAAAAAAGGUGGACUAAGCCGAAGGCCGCGAUGGUGGAUUACUAUGAUGUGCUGGGAGUGUCACGAAAUGCUUCUCCAGAUGACAUCAAGAAAGCUUACAGGAAACUGGCUCUUCGGUGGCACCCUGACAAAAACCCAGACAACAAGGAAGAGGCGGAGACCAAAUUUAAGGAGAUAGCAGAGGCCUAUGAAGUUCUUUCAGACAAAAGCAAGCGAGAUGCUUACGACAGAUACGGUAGAUCGGACAUGCCAAGCUCAGGCUCUGGAGGUUCUUCAUUUGCCGAUGACUUCCCAGGAUUCACCUUCACAUUCCGCAGCCCAGACGAGGUGUUUCGAGAGUUCUUCGGAGGGCAGGACCCAUUCGCAGACUUCUUUGAUGAUUUCCCGUUUGGUGGAAUGCACAGUGGGUUUCACAGCUCCUCCUCCAGGCUUGGGCCCAGUCGCUUCUUCUCCUUCCCCUCAGCAAAUGCUAAUUUCACCUCCUUCUCUUCUUCAUUGGGUGGGAUUGGCAGCAUGGGAGGAGCAAACUUCAAGUCUGUUUGUACUUCCACCCGCAUUGUCAAUGGAAAACGUAUUACCACAAAAAAGGUCCAGGAAAAUGGUCAGGAGAGAACAGAGGUUGAGGAGGAUGGGGUUUUGAAAACUGUCCUCAUCAAUGGUGUGGAGGAUGAGAUUGCCUUAGCUCUGGAACGGAGUCAUAGAGAGCAGUCCGGUCAGCCUCCCAGACAAUCCCAACAUCCACUGCUCCGCCCCUCCAACAACAGCUCUCCAAACCCCGCUUUACGCUCCUACAGCGCUGCCCCGUUCUGCCACUGCCCCGAAGCCGGUGUAGAUGAGGAGGAUGAAGACCUGCAGAUGGCGCUGGCCUACAGCUUGUCGGAAAUGGAGGCCCAGCAGCAGGCAGAGAACGUGAUCUCAGGUGCUGGGGGAGGGAGGGGGAAGCAACCAGGUGGUGGGAAGGGUGUCGUUCAAAAAAACAAAUAUCAGAGAGAAGUGCUGGAUAAUUCAGAACAAAGCACCCCUUCAUCUCCAGAGGAUAGACCGACAGAACAGAGUCGGGCUAGAGGUUCAGAAAGUGUUGUUGUACAGAAUAAGGAGAAUGACAAAGUGGCGGGCAAUGGGACUAAUGUAGAAAAAAAGAAGAGGAAGUGUCAGUGUGUGGUGUGUUAGUAAGAAUAUGGAGAAAAUCAUGCUUGUGUGUCAAAUUAACCAUAUGUUUUCAUCUUAUGCUUGUUGUUUUUUUAAUCCUUCCUGAAGUUUUUGACUUACAGCUCUGUCUUUUAUGGCAUUGCACAAAGAUGACUGUUGAAAUUGUAUUUUCUCGCAUUGAGUUAUGAGUAAUAGGUGCCAAAAUGUGUUUAUUCACCACAAAGUCAGGACAUUUUAAGAAGAAUGCAAGAAUGCCAUGCACAAAAUGUCCUGCUGUUGGACAGAUAUCGCUGAAAUAGGUCUCUUGGGAUAUCAUUUGCCAGCCUUGACUCUGUAAACAGUAAAAAUAGUAAAGUCACUUCUGUAGCCAAUCAGAAACACUGUCUGCCUGUGAAUCGCUUGGGAUCGCUGACAUCAGGUUGACUGACGUGUCUUUAUAGGGUGUGAUUUUGGGAUUUUGGAGAGCAGGUAUAUGGUUAGAGAAAGUUAGCAAAAAGGUGAAAGUUAACAUAAUGGCUGAAAUCUAUUACAGCACCUUUAAAUCCGAUAUUCAACAUGACUUUUUGCUGCCAAACCAAGAUAAACAAAAUAAAUUGCUACUGAGUAAGUUGCUGCACUCUAGGCCAGUGGUUCCCACUGUCUUGGAAAACCUAGAUAUAUGAGGUAGCCUAAUUUUAAAAGUGUGAUUUCUAGCCUUGGAAAAGUAAUGUAAAGUAACUGUAAAAGUCAUAGGAUCUUUGAAUAUAGUUGUGUAGGAUUGGUGGUCCUGGAGUCAGAAAGAAAUUUUUAAUGGCUUUUUUUAGUGGUGCAAAGCAUCUGAAUAGAUAUCUUGCUAAUUAUUUGACAUCCCAUUCCCAGUGAACCUUUAAUUUUUUCUUCCAGCAGUGAAGUGCUCUGUUUAAUCCGUGUUCACAUUUACUGGUAUUGUUCCUUUAUGAAAGGAGAUUCUCAGAUUUAUGACUGGAUGCGUUCUGAUUUGUACUGUGCAUUUGUCAUCCCUUCAGAGGUACCUGUUGAAGGCAAAUGUUAAUUUUGCACAAAAACCUAAAUAUAAUCUGCCUCUGAGGGCUAAUGUUGUGAUUGUUAAUGAGCCAAUGACUAAUGGCUAGUCGGACAUUAGAGAAUGUAGAUCCGGAAUUAUCUCAGUUAAUGAGAAUGUGCCAAAUAACUGACUGAGAGUAACUUGCAUUAUUAUCUUUAUAUGUGUCAGAAUUACUCCCUAUUGAUAUUUCAUUUGUGCCUUUUUUAUUAGAAUAGAAAUGCAUGGCUAUUGUUGCCAAUGCUAUAUCUCAUUUACAAGUUUGUGUAAAAGUUAGUCAAAGAAACACAUUUAACUUUUUUACUUGUUUGUGCAUUUUGUUCCAUUAUGACUAUCAGCGUUGUGAUAUAAAAUGAACAAUCAAAACAUCAAUACAUGAACAUAUGUUUUGCUUAAAAACACUAAGCACAGAACCUUUGAAUGUGAUGCUAUGUGAAUAUUAAAAAAUAUAUAUUUUGUGUAACUAUCUAAACGGCAAAGAGGAAACAAAGUCAUUGGUUUGCACAAAAUUGUUAUUAACGUUUGAAAAUGUCAUGUAAGCCAACAUUGUUCUCUCAGAAAUAUUAUAAUUCAGAGGGCUUAUUCAGUGCUCAGAAAGUGCUAUUUAAAUGACUUAAUUGAUCAUAAAUGCUGUUUCAAUCAUGUUGUUGCUAAAAUGAGGAACAAUAAAUGCUAACAAAUA